CAAGCAAAGUAGAAGUUCAUGUUAGCAUUGUCCUUCAGAUGUGUACCUGACGACCUUGAAACCUGUACAUGAUUUAUUCAUGCAUAAGGUUUUCUCAACGGAUUCGUCCGAUAUUACGGAAUUUUAAAUCAUCUGCUUCUGGCAAUGUCAAUUACUCACGAAAAAACUCACAAUUUCGGACACCGGUAUCCACCGACACGGUGCUUAAACCUGGAUUAAGAUUGGCUCUGAAGUGCGGAGUUUUCACUGUCAUAUCUACUAAUGCAAUUUUUCUGGGAUCACUUAUUUUGGGCUUCGAGGCUUGGCAAGCUCGUUAUUCCAAAGCAAAAAGUGAUUACGCCAUUAGAAAUUUCAUUUCUACGGUUCGUGAUUACAUAGAAAAGAUUUUAGGCAGACCUCUACAAGCUUUUGAUGUUUACUGGGCUAUCGUAGUUUGCAAUGUCCUGGUCUUUCUUGCUCUUAACAGUCAAUUUUCUUCUACUCUUCUACCUUAUUUCUGCAGCAGUCCAUAUGGGUCCACUCCUGUAUUAUCACUGGUGCUUAGUUUAUUUUCGCACAAAAGUCUAUUCCAUUUGGGUAUCAAUAUGUAUGUUUUGCACAGUUUCGCAUCAUCAGUUAUGUCGCUUAUCGGUGUUGAGGAUUUUUUCAGUGUUUUUAUUGCUGGUGGAAUCUUCUCAGGUUAUGUCAGUUUGAUGAAUAAAUUAGUACGGAGAUCUUCAUUUCCAUCAUUAGGUGCCAGUGGAGGUAUAUGCGCUAUUAUUGGUGCAUUUUCUAUGCUUCAGCCAAAUGCUAGGUUAUGUGUACCGUUUAUUGUUGACUUUAUACCUCAUUCAUUUCAAGCGAGCAGUGCAGUUUGGAUUAUUCUUAGCAUUGAAAUAUUUGGGCUUAUAUUCUUGAGUCGUCGUAGUGCAUUAGAUCACGCUGCACAUGCUGGUGGUUUGAUCUUUGGCAUACACUACUAUGUGCCCCCAAAUGCCCUGGUAUGGCCGAGGGUGCGGUGGGCCCGCCCUCCCUCUCGAAAUGCUCUCACACGGCCACGCGUAUACAGCUUCUGCUAGGGAAGUCUUACUCGUGGCGGGGGUGUUGUCUACGAAAUUGAGAGGACGAAAAUCGAAUAUCCGGCGCUUUAACCGCAUUCCAAACCAAAUCAAUGGUGCAUAUGAGCUCCAGUAUCCUGCGGGAAAAAAUGGCGUAUGAACCAAUCGUUGGUCACCGGCUACCAUGGGACUGCAUCUCCUUACGAUGCUCCACUGCCUUGUGGGUUAGACCUUUAGGUCGAAGGCACGGGGUAUGGACCCCUAAUAAAACCGCCUGCUUCGAUUCGGGCACCUGGGCAGUUUCACAGCCCUCACACAAAUCCAAUGAUUUAUGUGGCGCAUACGUAUUUGGUGCCUCCUUGUACCAAUGUUUAUGUGUUUAAAUAAAUAGAUAAUAAAUAAUACAUCUAGAAAAUUCUUAAUGC